AUGGAAGUGUUGUCAAAGUUAUUGGCUGGCACACUGAAUUCAAUAACUAGCAAAUGUCUGGUUUUGUUUGUCACUGUUUUGAUCCUUAGAGCACUGUUGUUUCCGUCCAUCCCUGGCUUUGGUGGGAUUGAAUGGAACAAUAUUGUAUAUAUCCGCACUCCAAUUUUGAAUUCUGACAUUGGAAUUCGGCAAGAUAAGUUUUUGGUGGUUCCUCAGCUUGUGUGGGGAUUAAACAACCAGAAGAUUGCAUUCGCAAGGGCUUGUCUUACUGCUAGAAUGCUGAACAGAACAUUGUUAAUGCCGAGCCUUAGUGCCUCAUUGUUUUACAAAGAAAUUGACCUCUUGCAACCUAUUUCCUUUGAGAAGAUAUUCCAAUUUGAGAAGUUUAAUACCCUUUGCCAUGGUUUUGUCCGGCUGGGGCGCCAUUCGGAUGUCUUGAAUAGAACAGAAGUGCUGGAAAUGGAGAAGGGAAGUGGCAGGAGGUGGACAGUGGAGAGAGAUUUGUCACAAUUGAAGGAAUAUAGUAGGGGCUCUUUUGAUGACUACGAGGUAAUUCGGAUUGUCGGGAAGAACCCUUUCUUGUGGCAUGAUCAUUGGCCUGUGAAAGACUAUGCAAAUGUUUUUGAGUGCUUGGAUUUGACAGAAGAGAUUGCUAAGGAAGCAGACAGGGUUGUGUCUAGGAUUAGAGCUGUUGGAAGAGAGAUAACAGGCAACACUGAAGCAGUGGAAGUGCAUAACAGAAUGACCAAUGAUGGGUCUUCUUUUCAGCCUCUUCCAUUUGUUGCUGUCCACAUGAGGAUAGAAAUUGAUUGGAUGAUUCACUGUAAAAAUUUAGAGCGGCGAUUGAACACGAAUCAAAUCUGCAGUGGCAAGAAAGAGAUAGUGGAAAGAGUUAAGAACAUUGCGGGUUUGAAGACUCCAGUUGUUGUUUAUCUUGCUGUUGCUGAUAAACUCCUUAACAAUUCUUCCAUACUUGAUGGUUGGGAAGAAGGGUUUCUUCCUUUUGAGAAGAAGAAACUUGGUGUUGAUGGAAUUUAUAAGAAGUAUCCCUAUUUAAUUCAGUCUGCAAUCGACUAUGAAGUGUGUUUAAGAGCUGAUACUUUUGUGGGAAACAGUUUCUCUACAUUUUCAAGUCUUAUAGUUCUUGAAAGAACACAGAAGAUGAUCAGAAUGAAUGCCACCAACUUGUGUGGAGAAAAUGUAAGAUGGCCUUCUUAUGCUUACAACAUACCAGGAGAAUCAAAUGGUCCAAUGAGAUGGGUUACAAACAUGGCAGAAUCAAAUCUUCUAUCAAUAAGCUAUGGCACCAAUCACAUUUCUUGUUAA